AUGAUAGGAGGGCAUAGCCUCACGGGAGCUCCUCACCAGGUUCCGCCGCCGCGUACGCAGGUACUUCCUUUCUUUUUCCUUCGUUGGUAUGAAGCGGAAUAAAAAUAUCCAGUUUGAAUAAAACCUGUUAACGGCGCUUUCAGAGGAUUUUUAGCUGAGAAUAACUCGCGAUAAAGCAAGAUCGCUGGCGCGCGAGAAGAGAGCGGCAUGUUUGCGAGUACGUAAAUGUACCGCCAGCGAUCUCGUUUUUUUUUUAUCGUGCCGGACUAGGCAGCUAUUUUUAGUGUAGUUUCGCUCAUUCGGCAGUCAUUUUCCGGAAAAAAAGUGAUUGAUUUUUGAAAUAAAUAAGCCAGGGAUAAAUCAACUGUAAAAAUAUUAUCCAGAUUUUUCAGUUCCACUUUGAUUCGAGUGAUUUUUCAGGGAGCUGCAACUGGUGGACAGCAACUCUCGGCGACAGCCAAUCAAUUCGUUGAUAAGAUCGACCCCUUUAGCAAAAGAGGCACCAGCCGGAGAAGGUUUGUUUUUGUUCAACUUUUUGACGACCGUUCGUUUCCUUCAUUCUUAUAUAAAGUUUCUCGCGAGCUUUCUUUUUCAUUUUUCUGCUUUCAAUGAGAGUCCGUCUUUUCAGCGACUUUUUUCAUCGAUACAUAAGGAGGAAUAGGUUUAAGUUGUUUUUUUAAAUUUUGUAAAUAUCUGAAAAAAAGAUUUUCGACAUCUAAUUCAAGCCGAAAUUUCUUAUUUUUUUCUUUCAAAGAUCAAUAAAGCAUUACGAAACUAACAUUUAAAAAAUUUCCAAGGGAUCACGAAAGCUAUUUGUUUUCAGACGCAUAGUGAACAGCAGUCGUUACCAUGCCGAAAAUGAACCAGAGCUCACUCAGCUCUCCUUGAUUAAAGGUCUUUUUCUUUGAGACAUUGUCUUCAAACAUAUUUUAAGACACACCGGCAGCCGAUCAACCCAACUUGGUUGUACAAAAACUGGGACAAUGUCAGAAGAUUUUCGACUUUUACGACCCUGUGGCUCAACUGAAGAGCAAAGAAAUCAAGCGAGCUGCCUUGAAUGAACUCAUUGACCACAUCACGACUACCAAGGGCGCUAUUGUCGAGGGAAUUUAUCCGGAGGUCAGCUUCUAAUUCUCUUUUUUUGUUUAAAGGAUAAUGUUCAGGUAAUCAAGAUGGUUUCAAAGAACAUUUUCCGUGUCCUCCCUCCUUCUGACAACUGUGAAUUUGACCCUGAGGAAGACGAACCCACUCUCGAAGUUUCCUGGCCACACCUGCAGGUAUAAAAGUUUUUAUUGAUUCGUUUGUUGAUUGUUAGGAAGUCGAAAGUGGAUUUACUUUCACAAAAGAAUCAGCCAUAGAUAGCUCAUCUUACAGGAGAGGUAGUUUUAAUAGGAAACGGAGAGACGCAAACACUCAAAAACUGUCAAAUCGCGGAGGGCGUACUAUGAAUUUCAGAUAGUCUAGAUUGAGCUUUUUUGCGUCUUGCUCAGAACAUAUUCUCUUUUCAUUUGUAUACCUGAAGAAUUUUUGAGCAAAGUUUGAGCCGAAUCCAGUUUGACAUAAGCAAGGCUCAACAGGGUAGGAUUUUCUAGAAGUUGACAGUGAAUAUGAACUGUAGAAUUUUCAAACGAGUUUUUGCAUCCGACUAACGAGUUUAGUUUGUAUCACAAUUUUUUAUCAUUUACGAGAACAUUUUUUAAUAUAUAUCACGAAAAAGUACAAAAAUGCAAAUUGCAAGUUGGUCUACGAGCUGUUCCUGCGUUUUCUUGAAUCUCCGGAUUUCCAAGCGUCAGUUGGAAAAAAGUACAUUGACCAAAAGUUCGUCCUAAAUGUGAGUUUUUUUUUCUUUACUCGAAAAUGAUGGUUCACUUUAGCUGUUGGAUCUUUUUGACUCCGAAGACCCAAGAGAAAGAGAUUUCCUGAAAACCGUUCUUCAUAGGUUACCUCUGCUCACAUUUUUUCGAUUAUUUUUCUUUUCUAGAAUCUACGGCAAAUUUCUCGGUCUGCGCGCUUUUAUCAGGAAACAGAUCAACAACAUGUUCCUCUCGUUCGUUUUCGUUCCGAAUUCUUGCGAAAUUUCUCAUGUUUAGUUUUGUGUACGAAACGAAUUCUUUCAACGGAGUCGGUGAACUGUUAGAAAUCCUGGGAAGGUGAUCGUUCGCAUAUGAAAUAUAAAAACGGCCGAUUUCAGUAUCAUUAACGGGUUUGCUCUGCCUCUGAAACAAGAGCAUAAAGUAUUCCUCGUCAAAGUGCUUUUGCCGCUUCACAAACCAAAGAGUCUGUCCCUCUACCAUGCUCAGGUUUGUUUGUUUCGAUAUGGAAAUUAAGAACAAAAAUAAUGAAUAUUACCUUCAGAAAAUUUGUUUGAAUUCAUUGUUUCCCAAGUGGGCAGGUAAAACUGAUUUGCGAUCAGCAAUCAACAUAGUUUCUGGAUUUACAUUCCGCAGAACAACUAGACUUUGAAAAGCUCAAUUUCCGCCGCUCUUUGUAUGUUUUUUUUCAGAGUAGGGAUUCCAAGUCACAGUUCUUAUGUCAUUUGCGGUGUUAUUGAAUGAUGACGAUUCCCAAAAAAGUUCAUCGCCGCAGAUCAAUCCUAAAAAAUCUCGAAAAAAUUUUCUUUGCUUUUGCAACGAAGAAUUUCAACCUUGUAUGAGCUUUCUCGAAGUUUUAUUUCAAAUACCGAUUCACUCCAACCAUUAUCUGCCGUUUUGGAUAUUCAAUCCAUUUUCUAUCAGAGAAAAAAAAAGGAUUAUAUGAUUGGCCUUCGGUUCAUAACACACCUUCCAGCUGGCUUACUGUGUCGUGCAGUUCAUCGAGAAAGAUUCUUCGCUCACUCCGCAAGUUUUCGAUGCCCUCUUGAAGUUCUGGCCGAGGACCUGCAGCAGCAAGGUUAAUUCAGUUUUCGGAAAUAAAAAGCGGAAGAAGAUAUUUUCAGGAGGUGAUGUUCCUCGGAGAAGUCGAGGAGAUCCUCGACAUCAUCGAGCCCGAGCAGUUCAAGAAGAUCAUUGAUCCGCUGUUCAGACAGUUGGCCAAAUGUGUCAGCAGCCCGCAUUUUCAGGUGAAGCUGUUUUUAAAGUCUUUUUCUGGCCUUUUUCCUGUUUUUGUCCAUAUGUAGUGCUCCAAAAGCCGAAAUGAUGCCCAAAUAUUUUGAUUAAUGUAUCCAAAGUUCAAAACUGUACGUAAUCCUUUUUGAAAAAAACGAAGUAUGCGAAAGAUAGAAAAAAAUAUCAAAACAGUUUUAAUAAAAAGUUUGGAAAACUGAAGUUAUUAAAAAUGUUCAGAAAAAAAACGUAUUCGUUGAAAAUCCGGAGAUCAAUUUUUUUAAAUUGUUUUAUUGCAGGUAGCCGAACGAGCUUUGUACUUCUGGAACAACGAGUACAUAUUGUCUCUGAUUGAGGACACGAGCUCUCUGGUAAAUUCGCUCAUUCGGACAGAAGUUGAUAGUUUGGGUUUGAGGUCAUGCCGAUCAUGUUUCCCGCCUUGUAUCGGAUCUCCAAAGAACACUGGAACCAGACAAUUGUGGCGUUGGUUUACAACGUCCUGAAAACAUUUAUGGAGAUGAACGGGAAACUUUUCGAUGAGCUCACAUCUACGUACAAAAGCGAGAGACAAAAGUGCUUUUUUUUCCGCUUCAUUUUUCUUACAAAGUCUUGUCUGCUUUUCAAAGUUGUGUAUAGCAGCGACAAGUCCUUAUCGAUCGGUUCUCUACGAAAUUUCCCACUAUUGAAGAGUGUUAAGUUAAACUUGGAACCAUGUGUACUCUUUCGUUCACGUGAAAAGUUUCUGUUACUUAAAAUUAGCUCUAUCACUGUUCCCCCAGCACAAAGAAACAACUAUUUUCGUGAGAUUUUAUGAGGAAAACCAUUUUUUUUUUCUUUUUUUUUUGAUUUGAGGAAUAUAUGCUCAUCUUCUACAUUGAACAGUUUUUGAUACAGUUUUUUGAAAAUACCAGUGCGCGAAAUGAAAAAAUUGCAUUCCAUGCAAGUAUCUGCACAUGAAAAAACUAAUACUCCUCCGUAUCGAUUUCUUCAAUGUUUAGAAGAAUUUAAUUAAGAGAGAGAAAGCGUGAGAAGGAUCGCGACGAGCUUUGGAAGAAACUGGAGCAACUGGAGCUGAAUCCUCCUUCGGAUGGAAAAGAAGUUCAGCCGCCGAUUUUCCCGCCGCAGCCGCUGCAGCAGUACUUGCAGGUUGGACUUUUUUCCAAGGCCAUUUCCACCUUCUCGCAGAGCCAUCGCCCAGUGACGAUCCAGACGGGCACGAAUGCUGGCGAGAAAUCUCCCUCCACGGGCAAAAAGUCUUCGACAGGCAGCAAUAACGCUGGUACCAGUCCCUCUGGCAAAAAGUUUGUCUUUUUUUCAACGUCUCUCUUUAUACUUGACAAUGUUCAGGUGA